GGGCGAUUGUCUGCGCAUGCGCAGGGCACGCUCGCCCGGAGGAGGAGGAGGAGACUCGCUGUGUGCAGAGAGCAGCGUGAGGGGAGCCGAGGCGCUGCUGCUGCCCCUUUCCCAAGGCGCCCACGCGGAGACCGAGGCGGCGGAGGAGGAGGAGAGGCGGCGGGGCCCGGUGUGAGGCGAGGCGAGGCUCCGUCUCCGGGCUCAGCCUCCGCGUCUCUUUGCGAGCGAGCAAGCGAGCCUUCCUUCCUUCCUUGGCUCCCUCCCCUUUCCUGCCUCUCCUCCCGCCUUUCUCGCGCGGCUGCCUGCCUGCCUCCCUCCUCGCUCUCUCGCCCUGGCCUCCAAGAUGUCUGCGCCGGCGGCCAAAGUCAGCAAGAAGGAGCUGAACUCCAACCACGACGGCGCCGACGAGAUCUCAGACAAAGAGCAACAAGAAGCAAUUGAACAUAUUGAUGAAGUACAGAAUGAAAUAGACAGACUGAAUGAACAAGCCAGUGAGGAAAUUUUGAAAGUAGAACAGAAAUAUAACAAACUCCGCCAACCAUUCUUCCAGAAGAGGUCAGAAUUGAUCGCCAAAAUCCCAAACUUUUGGGUAACAACAUUUGUCAACCACCCACAAGUAUCUGCACUGUUGGGAGAAGAAGAUGAAGAAGCACUGCAUUAUUUGAUCAGAGUUGAGGUGACGGAGUUUGAAGACAUCAAAUCAGGUUACAGAAUAGAUUUUUAUUUUGAUGAAAAUCCGUAUUUUGAAAAUAAGAUGCUCUCCAAAGAGUUCCAUCUGAAUGAGAGUGGAGACCCAUCGUCAAAGUCCAGUGAAAUCAAAUGGAAAUCUGGGAAGGAUCUGACAAAGCGUUCAAGCCAGACACAGAACAAGGCCAGCAGAAAGAGGCAGCAUGAAGAGCCAGAAAGCUUCUUCACCUGGUUCACUGACCAUUCUGAUGCCGGGGCUGAUGAAUUAGGGGAGGUCAUUAAGGAUGACAUCUGGCCAAAUCCAUUGCAGUACUACUUGGUUCCUGAUAUGGAUGACGAAGAAGGCGAAGGAGAAGAGGAUGAUGACGAUGACGAAGAGGAAGAAGGACUGGAGGACAUCGAUGAAGAAGGUGAUGAAGAUGAGGGUGAAGAAGAUGAAGAUGAUGAUGAGGGUGAAGAAGGAGAGGAGGAUGAAGGAGAAGAUGACUGAACACUGACAGAUUCCAACCACCCUCUUUCCCAACCCCUUUCUCCCUUCCCUCCAAUCCCUGGGAGCAAGUUGCUGUCUAUUUUCCCCCCUCCUUUUUUUGUGCUCAGUCGCCUUGUUCUCCUGAAGUCUAUAUUUUUCCUCUCCUCUUUCACCAUGGUUCACAAAUAAUUUUGGAGAAAAAAACACAAAUUAUCUUGAGCAGAAUACAGUGGAUAAAAAAAAAUAUGAUCUCUACCCAUUUUGGUUUUUUUAAUCCCUCUGUUUUGAAAGAAACAAACAAAAACUGUUAAAUGAAAUCAACACCCGGCGUGUUCUGUGGGGAAGAAAGAGACCCUUCCGCUCCCUUGGCUCUGCUGGAAGCUGAAGAGUGCUAGGCCCCUGUGUAGUAGUGCAUAGAAUCUAGCUUUCCCCCCUCCUCCUUUCUCUGUAUAUUGGGCUCAGAGAUUACACUGUGUCUCUAUGUGAAUAUGGACAGUUAGCAUUUACCAACAUGUAUCUGUCUACUUCUCUUGUUUAAAAAAAAACACUGAAAAAGCUAAAAAAAAUAUUAAGGGUGGGGGUUCUAGACAGGGUAAGUCAAGGGUGGGUUUCAGACGUUGGGUGGGUCGGACGGGCAUUUUGACAAAACAUGGCUUCUUCUUUGGCAUGUUUAACCGCGAUGUUUAUCCAACAUCCUUGCAGUUUAAGGUGACACUUUUAAAAAAAGACGAAACAAAUCCUCUUCUGAUGAUAACAAUUACAGUUGAGCCCUUCCACUUGAUGGAGAAUCAGCAGCAGAAAGACCUGUAGGAUCUUAUUUGGAAUUUACAUUUCUCUCUCUCUCUCUCUCUCUCUAUUGUAAUUUUGUUCCUUGUUUUUUUGUUUUUUCAACUUUUUUUUUCUCUCUCGUUUCACUGGAAAAGAAAGACGCUCAGUUUUAAACGUUAAAAAAGUGUACAAGUUGCUUUGUUACAAUAAAACUUCAUGUGUACACAA